AUGGCAUCCGAAAAGCCCAUCAUCCUCCAUCUUGGAGAUCCUGUUGAGUGGAACAAAGCUCUCUACGAUCAAAUAGCAAGUGAAUUUACCGUCAUUCGCCCCUGCCUCGAAGAACGACAACGCGAUAAUUUCCUCGGGGCUUUGAAAGAGAAGAGAUGGGGAAACUUUCAAGGUAUCUUUCGUCCAUUCUGGAACACCGGAGGAGAGAUGGGACGCUGGGAUGCCGAGUUGAUCCCACUCCUACCAUCAUCACUCAAAGUAUAUGGUAGUGCCGGUGCGGGCUAUGACUGGAUGGAUGUUGAUAUCCUGGCCAAGCAUGGUAUCAUAUAUUGCAAUGGAGCACAAGCAUCGAGUGAAGCUGUGGCUGAUAUGGCCAUAUUCCACAUCAUCUCUGUUUUUCGAAACAUGCAGUGGUCUAUGGACGGUGCUCGCUCGGGUGAUCCAACGCUCUGGCUAGAAGCCCACAAGAAUACCGCGUUCACAGCACAUAACCCGCGAACCCAAAUUUUGGGUAUCAUCGGUCUUGGAAAUAUUGGCUACACCAUCGCCCGGAAAGCUUAUGCCUGUUUCGGCAUGAAGAUCUAUUAUCAAGAUCUUUAUCAAAAGUCCACCGAACAAGAACAAGCCAUCGGCGCUUCCUUCUGUGCGACAUUAGAUGAGCUUCUUGCUGUGGCAGAUUGUAUCGUUUUGGCUACCCCAUUCAGUGGAUCCAAAAUUAUUACCAAGGAGACUUUGGCCAAGUUCAAGAAGGGUGGUAAGUUUGUGAAUAUUGCCCGGGGGAAAUUGGUUGAUGAGGCGGCUCUAGUCGACGCCUUGAAGUCAGGUCAUCUGUCUGCUGCUGGCUUGGAUGUUCAUGAGAACGAGCCGCACGUAAACAAAGAUCUUACGAAAAUGAGAAAUGUCACGCAAGUCCGCCCCCGUCUGAGACUCACAUCUCACACGGCUGGGGGUGCUGCAGAGACUCAAAUCGGGUUUGAACGUUUGGCGAUGGAGAAUGUCCAGCGGGUAUUGAACGGCCAGGAGCCGCUCACUCCUGUAAACAAGCAUUUGAUUGAAAACUGA